UAUAUAAUCAUGCUGCUUUUCCUCGUUUUAGUAUUCUUUGGAAAUACACGAGAGUAUUCAAUCGAACUCAAAAGUCAAUAGACUUAAUAGCAUUUGAUAGAGCUAGUUAAUUUAUUGCAACAUACACAUGCAUAAUUGCUAGAAUUGUAACACUAUGAGAGGAUUGGAUAAGAUUUAUAGGGAUUGUUGAAAUUUGAAACUGUGUUUUUGGAAAAGCAAAUUAAAAAGAAGCCAUUGAAACAUCAGAAGCACCAUAAUAAGAAGGAAGGGAAACAUAAAAAAAGAUAACAUAAGUACAUGGUUGUGGAUGAGGCAUUAAUGGAUGUUAUUCCAUUAACUCAUGAAGAGAUGGAUGUCUUUCAAAAUUCAGGUACUCUAAUUCCUAUUGAUUUUGCGAUCGAAUAAUAAAUGGAGCAUUAAGGUCAGAAAUUAGUAUCCACUGAAAGAAUGUAAGGCGGUGCUUAUGUAGCUGAUGUACCUUUGACAAAUAUUGCUAAUACUAUGUUCAUAGGUGAAUUACAAGUAGGAAGUGCAAAAGGUAAGAAUACGUUUGAUGUAAUUUUUGAUACUGGAUCAGCUCUUACUUGCAUUGCUUCAGAAUAGUGUAAAGAUAUCGGAUGUUAGAAAAGCAAAAGAUAUAAUAGAGCUUAAAGUAAAUCAUUUAAUGAGAUUGGAAAACAAGUGGAAAUUGUCUUUGGAAGUGGUACAUUAAAGGGAUUAAUUAAUCGAGAGUAAAUUAGUGUAGAUGGAUUAAAUUUAAAAGAUGCCUUGUUUAUUGAGGUAACUUAAUAAAUUGGUGAUGCCUUUCAUGAAGGUGAGUUUGAUGGCAUAGUUGGAUUGGGGUAUCCACAUAUGACAGGAGUACCAACUUUAUUUGAUUAUAUGAUGAAAUAACACAAACUACAUUAGAAUGUCUUUACAUUUCAUUUAAAUAGAGCAACAGGUAAUUCAGGAUCCAAACUCAUUUUUGGAGGAAGUGAUGAUUCCUAGAUCAAAGGAUAAUGGAUCUAUCAUAAUGUUCACGAAUAAUUCUAUUGGUCUAUUAUGGCAGAAGAAAUCAGAGUUGGCAACAAAAAUACUGGUAUUUGUUCUCAUUAGCGCAAAUGUAAAAUGGUAGUAGAUACAGGAACUACCCUAUUGACAGGUCCAACUAAAGAUGUCAGAACAUUAUUAUCAAUGAUUAGAGUGGAACCCAAAUGCUAGAAUUUCCCUACUAUGCCAGAUAUAACUUUUGUUAUUGAUGGAAGAAACUAUGUUUUAUAACCCAAAGAAUAUAUCUUGACAAUUACUUGUAAAUUACUUAAUUCAAUAAUAUAGAGGCUGGAGUUGAAGCUCCUUAUCAACAUUCUUCCAUGGAUUAGAUUGUUGGAUGUGCAGGCACUAUCUUCCCAUUAGAUUUACCUCCCAAAUAGUAUUAGAUUGUUUUAUCAUUUUAUAGAGGUCCUUUAUGGAUAUUAGGGGAUGUAUUUAUUACAAAAUACUCUGCUAAAUUUGAUAGAGAAAAGAACAGAGUUGGGCUAGCAUUAAAUAAAAAUGUAUGAAAG